GCGCCGUUACUAAGCGGAGCGCUUUGAACCGUGGAGAGUCGGGAUCGCGCUCGCUCAUUGCGUUGAUGGUGAAUUGAGAGACCGGCUGCGCAGCGCCGGUCAUUCACGCAUCGAGAGAGCGCAUGCACUUUUUCAGCACCAAUUGAGUGUGGACAGCGCACGGCGCCUCAUAGCCUGUGAGUGGUCUGACGUUCAACCUGUGGCUAAAUUGUACGAUAGGCUACUUUUGAUGGGGAAAGCCCCACAAUUGAAUACUACAUACUCGAAAAGGGAUGCCCGACGUUUGGAAAGAAACAAAGGAAUAUUAUGUUUUUUUGACCUAGUAUACUUACCUGUUCCUCCUCCGCUACCCUGGUUGGUUUUUCAGACAGCCAGAGUGGUGCUGAGCUGCGGGGUGUUGGUGACUCCGCUUCGGGUGGAGUGGUGCGCUGCUACUGGGGCUUCAGUUGACUCUGUGCCGGGAGGAUUAGUGUGAUUCUGCGGGGGCUAGUCGACUCUCUGGUGGGCGGGUUGGUGUGGUGGUGCCAUUGGAGCCCCUCCAUUCAGAAGGAUGCUGGUGGGAAAUGCCUGGCGACAGAGAGGACGAGAUUUGUCAAAAAGCACUAGAACUACUGUCUGAUCUGUGCUCUAAAGGGGAAGUACAGAAUGAGAACUGUCUGGAUUUCAUUUACCAUUUCCGCGACCUCGCCAGACCACGCUACACGGACUCAGAUGUGUCAGUGAGCCUGCUGUCCCUGGUGGUGACAGCCUGUGGCCUGGCCCUGUUCGGGGUCUCAAUCUUCGUCUCCUGGAAGCUCUGCUGGAUCCCAUGGAGGGAGCGUGGCCCCUCCCCCAGCAUCAAGGAGCCCACCCAUGGGCACCACGAUUCCCCCAUGGCACCUUUACAACCCUACGUCCCAGCCAGGGAGUCAGUCUACACGGCCGUCGACCCCCCCGUCCCUGCCCUCGACCGCCCUGAGUCCCAUCGCUGCUCCAUUGUCCCUGUGGCAUCUGGGACCGUGACGGGGCCGGUGACCCCCGUAUCACCGCCCCCCAUAGCGGCAAUCAUCCCCAUUCCAGAGGCGGCCAUGAAGAUUAGCCACACGUCUCCAGACAUCCCCCUUGAGUCCCAGAGUAAAGGCCGCGAGAACGGGGUCCACACCAACCCUCGUACUCAGAGGCAGACCACGGAGCCCACAUCCUCCGUCCGGUCAAUGUCUAUACACACAGAGAUUGGGUCUAACUCUAUUCGUAGAUUAUCCGUAAACAGUUCCAACCCAGACUUUAGCGUGGCCCAGUUCCAGAGACAGGACUCCCUGACUGGGAUGGGCUUGGGUCUGGGCCGUCUCAAACCAGAGCUUUACAAGCAGCGCUCCCUGGAAGGGGAAGAGGGGGGCCGGCGGGGCGGAGGCUGUGGACGCCUACACUUCAUUCUCAAGUUCGACUGUGACCUGGAGCAACUCAUCGUCAAGAUCCACAAGGCGCAGGAUCUCCCCGCCAAGGACUUAUUGGGCACCUCGGACCCCUACGUCAAGAUCUACCUACUACCGGACCGGCAGACCAAGCACCAGACCAAGGUUCACCGCAAGACACUCAACCCCGUGUUCGAUGAAGUAUUCCUGUUCCCCGUGGAGUACGCUGAGCUGCCGACGCGCAAGCUGCACUUCAGUGUCUAUGACUUUGAUCGCUUCUCGCGCCACGAUAUCAUCGGCCAGGUGGUGGUGGACAACUUCCUGGAUCUGGUGGACUUCCCUGCAGAGACAAAGCUUUGCCGGGACAUCCAGUAUGUCGCCACGGAUAAUGUGGACCUGGGAGACCUGAUGUUCUCUCUGUGCUACCUGCCCACCGCCGGCAGACUGACCAUCACCAUGAUCAAGGCCAGGAACCUUAAGGCCAUGGACAUCACUGGGGCAUCAGACCCGUAUGUGAAGGUCUCUCUAAUGUGUGACGGUCGGAGAUUAAAGAAGAGGAAGACCUCAACUAAGAGGAACACUCUGAACCCUGUCUACAAUGAAGCCAUAGUCUUUGAUGUCCCCCCAGAGAACAUUGACCAGAUCGGCCUUCUGAUCGCCGUCAUGGACUACGACCGUGUAGGCCAUAAUGAGGUCAUCGGGGUGUGUAAAGUGGGCACCGAUGCAGAGCACCUGGGCCGAGACCACUGGAGCGAAAUGCUGUCGUACCCGCGAAAACCCAUCGCCCACUGGCACCCGCUCAUAGAGUACCAAGGCACCACAGGUGGGAGCCAGGCAGGGUCUUGUAAUUCCCUGAAGACUCCUCCGUCUCCGUAAGCCCGUAAGCUUAACCGUCUGGUCCCUCCAGGAAUACGACCACAAGGAGAAGAGCCAGGCGGCCCAGCCCAACCGUAGGAGCACCGUCCCGCUGAGUGGUCGACAUACUGUUAUACGUCACGACCGUUAGCGGUCGAUCUCAUGGUUAUCAGAGACCAAGCAUUGUCAGCUCUGUGUCUCUGGGACAGGACGUUUGCAUGGGGAGUUGGAUUGAUUCAGUUGCAUGUUGAGUGACCACAUAAUAUGGUUGUUUUCUUUUUUAUUCAGUUCCAAAAAGAAAAUCGAUGACAAGAACAACCAGAAGGUUUUAACAGUUUGGUCUAAGCCUGAGUUUGAAGUAAGCGUUUUUUACAUUAGUCUUGCUCUACCUGUUUUUAAUGGGGUGUGUCUGUAUUGCACAGUGUACUUAAAAACAACCAGUCGAACUGACAUACAUAUUUCAUUUGGAAACGGUGCAUGAGGUCAUGGUUUUUGGUGGAAUAUCUUCUCCUCGAUUUCUUUCGGUUUCUGUUCUUGGAAUAGAAUGUUCUGUCGGAUGAUCACAUGACAUGUGCAGUGGCAAUUCAUUUCUUAGACUUAGUACCUGUACGUAAAAAUGUCCUUUCAAAUGUUAUCAAUAAAUAUUUAUUAAUAAAA